CUCACCUGUCAACAACUUCACAAUUCAGUUGCAGAAGAAUGUGGACCCCUACGUUUGGUGUUUGCCUUAUUCUAAUUUUCAUUAAUGGAAGCUUCUCAAAAUGUGGAUAUCAGAGCUGUAACCCUGUUAAGGAUGGAAUGAUUAAUGUCCACUUGGUUCCUCAUACUCAUGAUGAUGUAGGCUGGCUUAAAACAGUGGACCAAUAUUAUUAUGGAGACAAGAAUGAUAUACAGAAUGCUGGAGUGCAGUAUAUACUGGACUCGGUUAUCCAGGAACUUACGGCAGACAAAACCAAAAGAUUUAUUUACGUGGAAGUUGCUUUCUUUGCACGAUGGUGGAGACAGCAACACGACAGGAUCAGGCAUCUGGUCAAAGGACUCGUUAAUGAGGGGCGCCUUGAGUUUAUCUUAGGUGGCUGGUGUAUGGACGAUGAAGCCACCACACAUUAUAAUGCAAUCAUUGAUGAACAUUCUCUGGGAUUGGAAUUCCUGCGACAGAACUUUGGAGAUUGUGGCAGACCUCGCGUAGCAUGGCAGAUUGAUCCGUUUGGACACUCCAGGGAGCAAGCUUCCCUCUUUGCUCAUAUGGGAUAUGACGGCCUGUUCUUUGGACGUUUAGACUAUCAAGACAAGUUUAAUCGAGCUCUAACAAAAUCCAUGGAAAUGAUUUGGCAGGGCAGUCCUGACAAUUUAGGUCCCAGCAGUGACUUGUUCUCGGGGGUCCUGUACCACGGCUACAAUCCCCCACCAGGAUUUUGUUGGGACUCAUCAUGUCAUGAUGAUCCUAUCAUGGAUGACAAAAAUAUGGAAGGCUAUAAUGCAGAUCAGAAAACAAAAGCUUUCCUCAACUAUACACAGAACCAGGCCACUGCUUAUGCUACCAAUCACUUGAUGAUGACGAUGGGGAGCGAUUUCAACUACCAGAAUGCUCACAUGUGGUUCAAGAACAUGGAUAAACUGAUCAAGCUUGUAAAUGCUCAGCAAGACAAUGGUAGUAAGGUGAAUCUGCUCUACUCCACGCCCAGCUGUUAUCUGUAUCAGCUGAACCGAGCCAAUCAAACCUGGCCCACCAAGAAAGACGACUUCUUCCCAUAUGCCCACCUCCCCCACUCCUACUGGACGGGGUACUACACCAGUCGCCCCACCCUCAAGGGCUACGUCAGGCAGACUAACAACUUCCUACAGGUGUGCAAACAACUGGAUGCCUUAGCUGUGUUAGAAGAUUCUGACAAUAGCACACUCAACAUUAAAGUCUUAAAGGAAGCAAUGGGUGUAGCACAGCAUCAUGACGCUGUGUCAGGAACAGAAAAACAGGCUGUGGCUUAUGACUAUGCAAUGAGGCUAGCAAGGGGAAAUUAUGAAUGUCAGAAAGUGGUCAAUGAUGCCUACAAGAAAUUAUUUCCAAAACAGAAAGAAGCCCCGCCAGACCAGCUGUUCUGUAAUCUUUUGAAUAUCAGCAUGUGUCAUGCAACAGAAAAUAACAAACAGUUUACCAUGACUGUGUACAAUCCUUUGGGAAGGUCACUGAAUCACUGGAUACGACUUCCUGUCAUAGGUAGAUCCUAUGUCAUAACAGAUCCCAAUGGCAAGAGUAUACCAUCGCAGGUUUUACCCAUCAGCAGCGAGACUAAGAAAAUCCCAGAGAGGAAUGGAUCCCUGGCAGAGAAUGAACUUGUUUUCAAUGUCUCAUUACCUCCCCUUGGCUUCAGCACCUUCUUCAUCAAAAUGAGCCAGGGAAUGAACAAGUCACAGAAGUCUGUUGUUCACCAGUAUGAUAAUUCAGAUGUUGUCAUAAAGAAUCAGCAUUUAUCUCUGAUGUUUGAUGGAAAAUCUGGGCAGUUGAAGUCAAUGAAGAAUUUGAAUUCUGGGGCCUCCAUUCCUCUCCAGCAGAGCUUUAUGUACUAUGUAGGCCACCCUGGGAACACCAGCGUGUUAAAGUACCAAGCCUCGGGGGCCUAUGUGUUUAGACCUCUGACCACAGCUACAUAUAAUUUUCAGCCUCAGUUAAUGAAGAAAAACUAUUACGUUGAGGGCCAGUUGGUCCAGGAAGUUAGACAGCAGUUCUCACCCUGGGUGUCCCAGGUGGUCAGACUGUAUGACCAGGCCAACUAUGCCGAGUUAGAGUGGACAAUAGGCCCAAUACCUAUCAGUGAUGGUAUGGGAAAAGAAAUCAUUACAAAGUAUAGCACAGGUUUACCAACCAAAGGCGUCUUCUAUACUGAUGCCAAUGGAAGAGAAAUUCUUAAAAGAACGCGAAAUCAUAGAGAUACUUGGAAGUUCAAGACACUGGAACCAGUUGCUGCAAAUUAUUACCCAAUCAAUA